AUGGCUUCCGCCGCAACUACUACACCCGCUGCUGCUGCGCCUCCAGCAGGUGCUGCAGCGGAUGCGGUAGGAUUUGCCGCUACACCUGCAAUUGCAAGUGCAACAGCAGGUGCAGCAACAAGCGCAGCAGGUUCAGGGGAAUUGGGGGCGGCUGUGGAGGGAGCAGGGGCACCCCCAGCAACAAGGGCAGCAGCACAACCACCACCAGCUGCUGCGGCAGCUAAGGACCUGCAGCAAGAAGGGAGUGGAGCGCUUCGUGAGACCACAGCGGCGGGGAAACCUUCUUUGUCAGCAGCUCCUGCUCUCGCUGCUCUGAACGUGCAGCUCCCAGCCCCCGUCGCAGACAGCAGCAGCAGCAACAGCACAGCAAGAGAAGCUGCUGCGCUGCCAAGCACCGCCUCCUCCCCUUCGCCUUCUCCGUCCCUGGCGGCCGGUGGGGCGUCGGGUAGUGUUGGUGACAGCUUGCGGCUGAAGGCAGAGUUGGCACAACAGCAAGAACAUAGGACGGCGGCAGCAGCACCAGCAGCAGCAACAGCAACACCAACACCAGCAGCAGCAGCAACGCCUGCUGCUACUUCUACUUCAACGGUUACAGGCGGGGAGGAUCGCCUGGAAACACGCCCGACGACACCCGAAGGCCUUGAUCCUGUGGUGGAUGGCACAGCGGAAGGUAUUUCUCCGAACAUUGUUGUUCCUGCAGCAGCUGCUGCAAGUGGCAGCAACAGCAGCACCAGUAACAACAGCAGCAGAACCAAGGAUGGUGUGGUUGAGAGCCCUGUUCCAGAGGGAGCCCCGGGGUGGCCCUUGGGGAAUACAGCAGGGUGGCGCGAGGGCCCCUCUCGCCGUUCGCGUCCUCCCCGCCGCGCUGCCGCCGCCGCCGCUGCUGCAGCCGCCGCCGCCGCCGCCGCAGCAAGCAGCAGCAGACGGCCUUCAGAAGAUGUAGGGACGGCUGCUCUUGCGCUGCGGGCAUCAGCAGCAGGCGGUCGAGUCGCCCCUCGACUCCCGGGGGUGAAGUAUUGCCAUUCCCGCAACGCAUGGAUUGCGAGAUGGUCCGAAGAAGGACAAGAAAGAUGGAAAACAUUUUCUGUGAAAGCGUGCAAAGGUUUCACAGAAGCCCGCAUGCAAGCCGUGCAGUUUAGGUGGGAGAAGGUUCGCCUUAAGUACGCCAAGCUUAUGAAGCAGGCGACACCGCAGCCCGGUCUCAUAAAUGCAACAGCGGCCCCUGAGGGGGCCCCUCCCGACGCCUUGGACAUCGACGCGGAAGCAGCAGAAUUAGCUGCUGCUCUGCAGCUGUACGGCAGCACCGCCGGAGCGUCCCAGCAGCAACAGCUGCUACAGCAACCGCAACAGUCACAGCAGCAACAACAGCAGCAGCCCCAACGCACGCAGCGCAUGCAACGCUGCGCGGCAACCCCAGGAGGGGUCCAAGUCGGAGUAGCCUGCAACACUGCGGCUCUCUCAGGAAGAGGGCAAGCUGGUGCUGUUGCUGCUACUGCUACUGCGGCUACAGACACCCCAGCGAAGCAAACGACAAGGCAAAAGCGGCAGGGCGCGUCUGCGUUGGCUGUUGGAGCGGAUGAUGCCCCCAAACCAACCCAAGGCAGAGCAGCCAAUGCGAAGAAGGCAUGCAAACAGCCGCAGCAGCGGCAGCAACAGCAGCACCUGCUCUUGCAGGGGGAGGAACAGCAUCUGUUGCAGCAGCACCUGCAGCAGCAACUGCAGCAGCAGCUGCAGCAACAACAGCAGCAGCACGAUCUUGCGGCCGGUUCCGCUGAUCAGCUAUCGGCCUCGCAGUGGGCUUUGCUGCAGCAGCACCUGCAGCAGCAAGCAGCGCGCAGAAAGGCCAACAGCAAGUCGCUGUCUGCUGCGCGAUCUCCUCGAUCCGAGGAAGAGUUGGCAGAUGGGGCUGCUUGCUUGUUUUCCCCUAAAGGUGCAGCAUCAGCUACCACAGCAUCAGCAGCUGCUGCUGCUGCAGCAGCUGCUGCGGCAUCCCGGGGGGCGGGGUCACAGGGCACGGGGCCCUUAGUUUCCGGCACCCCGCUGGCAGUUAAAAGUGAUCCCUUCUACGGAGAAGGAGCUGAUUCGCCACAUGCGGAGGGGGAUAUGCGGACUCAGCUGCUGCUGCAGCUCGCAAGCAGGCUGCAGCAGCAGCCCGGCAACGAGCAGCAAGACACCGCAAUGCUGUUGCAGGCUCUCAAGAGCCUUUUGCUGCAGCGACAACAAAGCCGCCAAGAACAAGAACUCGCCUCCCGGCUCCCGCUGCAUUCCCAGCAGCAACAGCAGCAGCAUCAACCGGAGCAACAACAAAACGGUAGCAAAGAGGUCGAAACAGACUUGCUUCGGCUGGUCGCAAGGUCAGCAGGGAUGCUGGGCGGCUCUGGGGAUCGAAGUGCCGGGGGUGGAGUUGCGAUGAUGCCGGCGGAAGCAGCUGCGCUGCAGCAGCUGCAGCAGCUGCAGCAGAGUGUCUGCGCUGCAACAGACUCGCGACCAGCACAGCUGUGGAGUGAGACACUGGAGGACAGAGGCGUCCACGACAGUGUGCAGUCACUCCUCCGCUUCAUUUCCGAUGGAAGCAACAGCAGAUCCGCCACAGCAGCGGCAGCAGCAGCAGCAGCAGCUGCUGCUGCUAGAGGGGGAGGGACGGGUGCAGGCAGCACUGCAGGCGAUGCAGCAGCAGGACAUGCAGCUGUGUCGUUGGGGCUGCCCCAGUGGACUGUCCGGAGUCCCCUGAGUAGUACCAGCACGACUACAACCACCAGCAGUAACAGCAGUAGCAGCAACAACAACAACAGCAGCAACAGUAGCAGCAGCAGCAGCAGUUCUGCUUCCAGUUGCAGCUGGGGUACGUCAGCUUUGCCGUCCUUGGUUGGACCCGUGUCGGCCUCCUCUUCGCAGGCGUUCGGCAGCAGCAGCAACCCAACAACAGCAGGAGCUGGUGCAGCUGCAACGGCAACGGCAGGACAAACAACAGGAGCAGCUGCCGCCGCCGCCGCCGCAGCAGCAGCAGCAGCUUCAUCUCCUCGCUGUGCAAGAGACAACAACGCAGAGGCAGACAACGCUGAUGAUGGUGGAGACCUGCAGCCAUGGCGUCGCGCGGUGUGUGUUAUUUUGGAGGACGUGCUGGAGAACUGCAUUCUUGAGGUGGGGUCAGAACUGCGGCACAGCAACGGCAGCAACAGCAGCAGCAACAGCAGCAGCCUGUCACGGGAACGGCUGCAGUUCGCUCCGAUGGUUGGGCGCCUGAAGGCCUUAGCAGCGCGUAGCAGCAGCAAAGCGGAGCUGCGGCCCUUCCUGCGGCUGUUCUCGCGCAGCAUCCGCCUGGGGAUCGUCCCCAGCAAACAACCUGCAGACAUGCAGCAGCUGCUGUUGGAUGCCCUGGGGGCCCUAGACGAUGCCAUGGCUGCCUCCCGAGCACUCGCCACCCCUGCCCAGCAGCAACUGCAGCAGCAGCAGCAGCAGCAGCAGCAACUGCAGCAGAAACAACAAUUGCAACAACAGCAGCUGCAGCAACAGCAGCAGUUGCAGCUGCAGCUGCAGCAACAGCAGCAACAGCUGCAGCUGCAGCAGCAGCACCGCCAACAACGCCUUCCAGCCUCGCCGUGCUGCAGGCCAGGAGCGGUGUCUGUGGAGGUGUAUGAACAGUAA